AUGCCAGAUAAUUCAAUCGAACGCCACACCUUUCGUGUUUUCAAUCAAGAUUUCACAGUCGAUAAAAGAUUUCAAUUAAUCAAAGAAAUAGGCCAUGGUGCUUACGGUAUAGUAUGUAGUGCUAGGUUUAUGGAGGCCGCUGAAGAUACAACUGUUGCCAUUAAAAAGGUAACUAAUAUAUUCUCCAAGACAUUAUUGUGUAAGAGAUCAUUACGUGAGUUAAAACUAUUAAGACAUUUUAGGGGCCAUAAAAAUAUUACCUGCUUGUAUGAUGUGGAUAUUGUUUUUGACGAAGUGACAAAUAAUUUCAACGGGCUAUACUUGUAUGAAGAAUUAAUGGAAUGUGACAUGCAUCAAAUCAUUAAAUCUGGCCAGCCUUUAAGCGAUGCACAUUACCAAAGUUUUAUUUAUCAGAUAUUAUGCGGACUAAAGUAUAUUCAUUCAGCGGAUGUUUUGCAUAGAGACUUAAAGCCAGGCAAUUUAUUGGUCAAUGCGGAUUGCCAAUUGAAAAUAUGUGAUUUUGGGCUAGCAAGAGGUUAUAGUGAAAACCCAGUGAAAAACAAUCAAUUUUUGACAGAAUAUGUAGCCACUAGAUGGUAUAGGGCUCCUGAGAUUAUGCUAAGUUAUCAAGGGUACACCAAAGCCAUUGAUGUUUGGUCUACAGGUUGUAUAUUGGCUGAGUUACUAGGUUGCAAGCCAAUAUUUAAAGGUAAAGAUUAUGUGGAUCAAUUAAAUCGUAUUUUACAAGUAUUAGGUACGCCAUCCGAGGCUACUUUAAGAAGAAUUGGGUCCAAAAAUGUGCAAGAUUACAUUCAUCAGUUAGGUUUUAUACCUAAAGUUCCAUUUACCACAUUGUAUCCAAAGGCCAAUCCAGAGGCCUUAGAUUUACUAGAAAGAAUGUUAGCGUUUGAUCCUCAACAAAGAAUUACUGUCAAUGAAGCUUUAGAACAUCCGUAUUUAGCUAUAUGGCAUGAUCCAUCUGAUGAACCAGUUUGCGCUACAACCUUUGACUUUGGAUUUGAAGCUGUCAAUGAGUUGGAUGAUUUAAAGCAGUUAGUAAUUAAUGAAGUUUAUGAUUUUAGAAAUUUUGUCAGACAACCAUUUAUUAACGAACAACAGCAGGAACAACAACAAGAGCAACAACAAGAACAGCAACAACCAGACUCUACUGUGAUGUAUGAAGAAGAAUUUUCUAUUCAUGAAAAUAUCCAUAAUGGAAUACCGGUCAAUAACACCAUUGAUGCUAUAGAACAUAUAAAUGAUGAUUCAGUUGUACAAGGGAAUAAUAAUAUGUUUUCGACUUCUUCUUCAAAUGAUGCUUCUGAAUCCUUUAUAGGCAUUUCGGCCGAUAAUUUACCACCGCAUGGAACGGAUUUACCACCAAGACCACAAGAAAUGGAAUUGCCUGAUGAUCAGAUAUUAGGAAUGAACAGUGCUGAUAAGGCUACUGAUUUAUCAAGAUUCACUGAUUCUCCAGGAUUUUCAGCAACUGUACAAGGUUUAAAUAACAAUAACGAUAACACCAAUCACGAUAAUCUAAACAAUAACUUAAUUGACGAACAUAAUGUAUUAAAUGAAUUUUUAGAUCUUGAAAAAGAAUUAGAAUUUGGAUUAGAUAGAAGAUACUUAUAA